AUCUUCCAUUGGUUAGUCGGGUGUGGGGCGCUUUUGUUGAAUGGUCCUCAGAUCACCUGAACGAGAAACGAGGUCGGUCACCUGAGUCAGAUACGAAACGGCGCACAAACAAAAAGCAAAAUGA